AUGGGCAAGUCAGGCUCCGGCAAAACCAGCAUGAGGAGUAUAAUUUUUUCGAAUUUUAUCGCCAGAGACACAAGGCGACUUGGUCCUACGAUGGAUGUAGAGCAUGUGCAUUUGCGUUUUUUGGGUGGGUUGGUAUUGAAUCUGUGGGACUGCGGAGGUCAAGAAGGCUUUAUGGAGAGCUACUUUGUUAAUCAGAGAGAGAAUAUAUUCCGGAACGUGGAAGUGCUUAUUUAUGUUUUUGAUGUGGAAAGUCAAGAUGUGAAGAAAGAUAUGGCAUACUAUCGUUCUUGUUUAGAAGCAAUUAAUGAACAUUCUCCCGGGGCAAAGAUAUUUUGUCUUGUUCACAAGAUGGAUCUAGUCAGUGAAUCUAGGAGAAACGCCGUUUUCUUAGAGCGGGAGAAGCAGUUAGUUUCAAUUACUAGGCCAGUUCAAUGUGUUUGUUUCGGCACCUCAAUUUGGGAUGAAACACUUUACAAGGCUUGGUCAAGAAUAGUUUACCAGAUGGUUCCAAACGUUCAGGCAUUGGAGAAGAACCUCAUUCAGCUUUGUGAUGUGCUUGAAGCCGACGAGAUUAUCCUCUUCGAAAGAGCUACUUUCCUCGAAAUUGCCUGUCAUACCAAUAAUGAACAUUCUGACCCACAUCGAUUUGACAAGAUUAGCACUAUUAUCAAACAGUUCAAGUUGUCCUGCAGUAAAGUUGGUGCCAAUUUCACCGCAAUAGAGUUACAGACCUCCCAAUUUUCAGCCUUCAUUGACGUCUUUACAACAAAUACCUACAUCAUGGUUAUAAUGUCCGAUCCCACCAUUGCUACUCUGCUGAAUAUCCGAAGUGCGAAGAAACACUUUGAGAAACUUGAGAAAUUGGAAACACCUCACUCGGCUAUCUCAGGACCUUGA